AUGGGUUUCCUCAAGAAGCUUACUCUUUUCGCCGCCUUCGCCUCCCUGGCCGCGGCUCUUCCCUAUGGCGAACGUCCCCCGACCCUCGUGAAUCUCGCCGCAGUCGCUCCUACUACCACCACGGCUGCAGCCGCCAGCACCAGCAGCACCAGCGUCACCACCAGCGCCACCAGCAUCAGCACCAGCAUCAGCACCAGCACUAGCACUAGCACUAGCACUAGCACCAGCACUAGCACCAGCACUAGCAACGGCAUCAAAAUCGUCAACAACCUCGACCAAACCGUUUACCUGUGGUCCACCUCCGACACCAGCAGCGACAUGCAGACCCUGACUUCCGGCAGCACCUACACCGAGACCUGGCGCACCAACUCCGACGGCGGCGGCAUCUCGAUCAAGAUGGCCACGUCCACUAGCGAGAGCAGCGUCCUGCAGUUCGAGUACACCAAGAGCGAUGAGACUCUCUGGUGGGAUCUGUCCUCUAUCAACCUGGACUCGGACUCGGAGUUCAUUACGUCCGGGUUCGCCGUUACCACCGACGACUCGAGCUGCACCACUGCGUCGUGUGCGGCCGGUGAUACUGAUUGUGCGGAUUCGUAUCAAAACCCCGAUGACGUGGAUACUCGUAGCUGCUCGGCGUCUGCGGCGUUUACCAUGACUAUUGGUUAA